UGGGGUCUCAGUCUCCUCUUUGUGCGCGGAUUCCCAGCGCCGCUCUCCGGGUUCCCGGGCGGGGCUGCGGCCCCCGACGGGAGCGUUUUGCCCGUGUGAGCCCGGUCCUGAGUGGCGGGGCCGCCGUCGUGCAGACCGGGGAGGCGGUUAGCACUCGCUGUUCGUCGCGCUUUGUUCGAUCGGGAAGCGCACCCCGCUGCCCGGGAGGGUUGGGAGAGCGCCGGCCCGCCUGCGAGGCCGUGCCUAGGGGUGCGGGUGCUGGCGUGGGGAAGUUUGGGGACCAGUGCGUGAGAAACUCGGAACAGGUUAGCCGGGGCUGCAGCACAGCGAGUUUCAAGUCAGUUUAUGCAUCUCCAAGUCCGUGUCUGAUGCGGGCUCAGUCACAGUGGCGAGGCAGCGCGUUUCACGGGGACCUCGCCGGGGCGCUCUUCAGAGCUGGAGUAGGAAAGUCACCGGAGGAGCCAGCCCCUGGCCUGGAAGCCCUGACCUGGAAGAGGCAAUGCGAAUGUUCUGAUAUAUUGAAAUCAGGGUCUUAAAGACACGGAAAGACCCUGGAGAACUCGCUCAGGAGAAACUUGACUUGGGCUUAGGCGUGAACACGCUGUUUCUGCGUUUGGCCAGGGUUAAUCCUGGUGAACGCCUGUCCCGAACAGUCACUGUGUCUGUCAUGUAUUGAAAAACUAAAAUCUUAAGAGAACGAGAACAGAAUAAAAUGGCUGGAAAAUAGUUUCUGAGAGGACCAGGUUUGUGCUGUGGAAAUUACGCCUUCUCGGAGGGGUGGAGGUGGAAGAACGCGCCAGUUCCAGCACACCGUGGGGUGUGUUUUGGGUUACUGGCAAACCCUUGCCUGUGUUUUUAUGGAAUUGUAAAGGAAAUCACCCAGUGUGUAACUCAGUGUAAAAUUUACGUUGUUUCUGAGGUUUGAAGAUUGGUUCUUGUUACAUCUUGGUGUGAGGGGAAGGUUGAACAGUCCGGGGAAGCUGUGCCUGGGCUUGCAGCUGUCGCCUGUUGGCAGUGACAGACUCGUGACGGAGUGAGCUGCCUGUACCCAGUCACACAGUUGAACCUUAAACCAGGAGGAGCCCCGGAAUGGUUCCUAAGCAGACUCUUGUUUCUGGGCAGAUGUGUGAUGAACCUGUGUUGAGAAGCGGGCGGGCGGGCACUGUCCCAGGGGUAGGAUGCCGGCCUCAAGAGGUAGCCUGAGUCUUGCGAUUGUGCCUUUACGUUGUGGCUGCUUUACCUGAUGGUCCCCAACUAGAUUUAAAAUUGGCAGCUUGGCAGUCUUUGCUGAAUUAACUGUCUCGUGUGGCUCUUACUGUCCUUUAAUUGGAAAGAAAAAAAGAAGAUGCAAGUGAAGUAACCUUGGUACCAAAGAAUUGGGAAGCUUUCAGGGUGAUUGAAUUGGGAGUGGGUAAUAGGACUAGAAAUGGGGCCUGAAUAAUCUGGUAGCCUGAGUUGUCUGGUUUUCAUUUGUUGGUAAAGGAAUGUAGAGGAGAGAAAAAAGAGGAAAGGGGUGAAGUAGUAGUAGGUAUCUAUCUACCUUAGGACUUUUUGGGGCCAGCAGGGGCCCCGAGGCUGUUGGCGUCUCAUAAUGUUUACAGUUGAGGCUCUGUGCUUCUCAAGGAAAAGAUCUUCCAAACAUAUUUUUGUAUUCGUUAGUCUUGUUGUACCCUUUAGAUUGCUGAAAUGCUAGUCCCUUCUGGCAGUGAAGGUGCAGUUAUCCUUAGA